AUGAACAGAAUAUGUAUAUCCGUUCGAGGUUUGUUGGGCUUGAGAAUCAAUGCAACCAAUACCAUGGCUCGUCGUCAAGUUCAUGGUGGUGUCAUGGAUCCCUUGCAGUUGCGCCCUACCCGCUAUCACACUGAAAUCCAAGACAAGUUAUUAGCAGCCAUCCGCAAAAGAAGCCCACCUGCUGUUUGGAAAGCCUACAUGGAGAUCAGCGACAACAACAACCUUGGUAAACUGCCCGCCGAGUAUCAUACCAUGACAAUGCAGAUCUUUCAAAUCAAAAACCUCGCUUCUUACAACCACGAUGAAGUCAAGUUUUAUCGCAAAUGUCUAAUGCAUGUGAUGGAAACCAUGAAGAUUCACAACAUUAAGCCAGACAUCCGUGAUUACAACUUGAUGCUCGACUUCUAUGGACGCUCAGGAGACUUUGAAUCAGCCACCAAAUGCUUCAACGAGAUCCCACAGCCCAAUGAAUACAGCUACAACUUGUAUAUCCGUGCCGCCUUACAGAGCAAACACUACGAGGAAGUGUUCAGAAUCAUUGCAGACAUGCGAGACAGUAUUGGGCUGAACGAAUUUACGUAUAAUACCAUGAUUGAGGCGAACGGAUUGAUGGGAAGUAUCACGGAAGCCGAUAAAGUAUUCCAGGACCACUUUGCACCCAAGGUGGAAAAGAGAGCAUCUUUGAUCUCUAGUCUUUUACACAAGAAAGCGCCAUCCAAGUUUCCUACCUACUUGUCGGCUGCAGCACCUCUCGGUCGUACUAUACCUUAUCAACACAAGCAGCAACAGCAAAUGAAACCCACCGCAGACACAUUCAAUGCGCUCAUUUCAGCUCACGGUCGCAACAAGAACACACUUGGAUUAAACCACAUUUACACAAAGAUGAUGCCUGAACACCAUGUCAAGCCCAACCUGAAGAUAUUCAAUUCCCUAAUUGAAUGGUAUUGCUACAACGAGGAUGUGGAUUCAGCCAGAAAAAUAUUCAUGGACAUGGAAACAGCUGGUGUCAAGCCCAAUGUGGUUACUUUCAAUCACUUGUUCCGCCAUGAAGCGUUAAAGAGAAAUAGACCCAAGGUGGCUGAAACGUUGAUGGACUACAUGAAGAACGAGUACGGUAUAAGGCCUCUUUUGACCAUGUAUAGAACGUUGAUCCGAAUUCACAACAAGCACAAUCGUGAGGACGAGGCAAAGAGAUUAUACACGGAAUAUGCUGUGCUGAAGGCAAACGCAGUUACAAAAAAGGUCAAGGCACCUGCACCUGCUACCACCUCCACGCCUGUUGCUGCUGCCUCUGCACCAUCUGAUCCUGCCACCCUCGCUGCCACUGCAACUGAAUAG